AUGGGCCUUCUCACAAUUCUUAGAAUUCUUUUGUGGGGAAUGGGGCUUUUUAGGGAACAUAGGGUCCAAAUGGCAAAGGCAGGGUGGCCCUCCACCACCCUUCUUGCUGACAACCCUGCAUUGCCCUCAAUUUUGGAUCUGGCCAAAGAAGCCCCUGGCAAGGAGAUGAAGCAAUGGCCUCAAGGAUAUCCUCUGAGGUACAUGCUGAAGUUAUACCAGCGUUCGGCAGACCCGCAUGGCCAUCCAAGGGAGAACCGCACGAUUGGAGCUAAAAUGGUGAGGUUGGUAAAGCCUUCGGCCAGCACAGUAAGGCCUCUCAGAGGUUCCUGGCACGUACAGACCUUGGAAUUUCCUCUAGCAUCAAACCAGGUGGCAUAUGAACUAAUCAGAGCCACUGUGGUUUACCGCCAUCAACUUCAUCUAGUUAAUUACCAUCUCUCCUGCCGUGUGGAAACUUGGGUCCCUAAAUGCCAGACCAAGCACUUACCACCUUCUAAAUCAGUUUCCUCAAAGCCUUCUCCCAUGUCUAAAGCAUGGACAGAGAUGGAUAUCACACACUGUAUUCAGCAGAAGCUCUGGAAUCGCAAGGGACGGAGAGUCCUUCGCCUCCGCUUCAUGUGUCAGCAGCAAAAAGGCAGUGAGACCCUUGAGCUCCCGUGGCAUGGCAUGACAUCCUUGGAUGUUGCCUUCUUGCUACUCUAUUUCAAUGACACUGAUGAGAGUGUCCAGGCUAAACUUCUUGCAAGAGGCCAAGAGGAGUUAACUGAUAGGGAAUCUUCUUUUCUUAUGCGUACUGUCCGGCAAGCAUGCAGCAUUGCAUCUGAUGUCUCUUGUCCUUCUCAGAAACAUGAUGGGUCUGUAAAUAACCAGUGUUCUCUCCAUCCUUACAAGGUCAGCUUCCACCAACUAGGCUGGGAUCACUGGAUCAUUGCUCCCCGUCUCUAUACCCCAAAUUACUGUAAAGGAAUUUGUACUCGGGUAUUACCCUAUGGUCUCAAUUCACCCAACCACGCCAUCAUUCAGGGCCUUGUCAAUGAACUAGUGAAUCACAGUGUACCUCAGCCUUCCUGUGUCCCUUAUAAUUUUCUUCCUCUGAGUAUCCUUCUGAUUGAGGCAAAUGGGAGUAUCUUGUACAAGGAGUAUGAGGGUAUGAUUGCCCAGUCCUGCACAUGUAGAUAA